ACCUACAAAUGAAGGGUCAUAAUUGUGGGGUUGACCUAAGCUAUCAUGGUGCUGCUACUGUGUUCAGCACAACAUAUGCUAACAGAGAAUGCCCUAUAUAAACAUUUGCUUCAAAACCCUUGUUUUUUUUCUCAUGCCUCUAUUUUUUUAAUUUUAUUUUUGUUGCUUUCUCUCUCUAUGAAAUGGAGCACUUUGCUUAGAACUUCUUCUGUGCUUUGAAUCUUGAUCUAGAUACCUUGACACAGAAUUUGAAAUGGAUUCAAACGGGAGCCUACGUGCUAACACUUGGGCAAGGUCACCACCGUUAACCUCUGCUGCAAGUGGUUUAUCCUCAGAUCCUCUUUCUUUCCCAGGUUUUGGUUUGCAGAAUAAUCAACCCAAAUGGGAUGGUCCCUCAAGUUCAGAUUUUGGUAUCAGGGUAGAAUCUCCUUUCAAAGAAUUCAACCAGCCCUCUCAAAACCAGUCUCCACUUGCUUGCAAUUCAAACAAUGAGAUUGAAUUCACUGAUCAAGAAAACCGUCAUCAGAGUGAAUCAUCACAGACUAGUAGAGUCCAAGAUUGGGACCCCAGUGUGAUGCUGAAUAACUUGUCCUUCCUUGAAGAAAAGAUUCAUCAGCUCCGGGAUCUAGUGCAUUUGAUUGUUCGUCAAAAAGGCGUUAGAGUUGGACAGCCUAAUGAACUUGUAACUCAGGAACAGCAACUCAUCACUACUGAUCUUACCUCAAUCAUUAUUCAGUUGAUCUCUACUGCAGGUAGUCUUCUCCCUUCUGCUAGGAGUAGCCUUAUAAACACUAGUCCAUUGGUUGCACAGAUUGAUCAGCUUCAAGGGACUAGUGUUCCUUCAGGAACAGGUGCAAGUAGUAGCUGUAUUCAACCACAAAACAUUGGUGGGAAAAAAGUGUCUGAUCAGUCCAUGCAGACUGAUCUACCUAAUAAUUGUGAAAUGGAGCAAAACUACAAUAUGGUUGAACAUGAUCUCAAAGAUGAAGAAGAUGCAGAUGAUGGAGAAAACCUUGCCCCUGGUUCUUAUGAGAUUUUACAGUUAGAAAAAGAAGAAAUCCUUGCACCUCAUACCCAUUUCUGUACAAUUUGUGGGAAGGGGUUCAAGAGAGACGCGAAUCUUCGUAUGCACAUGCGCGGCCAUGGCGACGAGUACAAAACCGCAGCAGCGCUGGCGAAGCCACACAAAGAAUCUGGCUCGCCAAAGCUUAUCAAGAGGUAUUCCUGCCCCUAUCCUGGCUGCAAGCGCAACAAGGAUCACAAGAAGUUUCAGCCUCUGAAGACUAUCUUGUGCGUCAAAAACCACUACAAAAGGACACAUUGUGACAAGAGUUACACUUGCAGCAGGUGCAACACCAAGAAGUUCUCAGUCAUGGCUGAUCUAAAAACCCAUGAGAAACAUUGUGGUAAGGAUAAAUGGCUUUGUUCAUGUGGUACAACGUUUUCUAGGAAAGACAAGCUUUUUGGGCACAUUGCACUUUUCCAAGGCCAUACACCAGCCAUUCCCUUGGAUGACAACACUAAAGGGGUAGCUGAGCCACCAAUUCAUCACAGCAAAGAAAACACUAAAGCAGGGAAUGUGAACUUCACUUUUGGAUCAAAUCCUUCAGAUGGAAAUGAAGUUCAAAAUGUGAUGGAUAUAAAAGGCAAUAGUGAUGACCCUAUAAAUUAUUUCUCAUCUUUGAACUUUGAACCCAACUUUGGGGGGUUUAAUGAAUUCACCAGGCCUCUAUUUGAUGAUUCCGAAGGUUCAUUCUCUUUUGUCAUGCCUGGAUCUUUUAAAUCUGGAGGGGAAUCAAGUUCUGACAAUCUUUUGUAACAAUAGUACUGCCGUCGUUAAUAUCUAUGUUUGCCUCUUGUGAAGAAAUAAAACUUUCUGGUUUGUGUUAAAUUUGUAAGCCAGUGGAUUUUAUGUUCAUACGAUUUCUUAAGAGAAAAAGAUAGAUUUUCUUGAA